CAAGAAGAAGAGGAAGCAUCGGGACUAACACGAACACUAACGCUGUCAAAGAGAUGUUUUAUCUUCUUACAGCGGCUUACCUUUUAUUUUAAGAGAAGUUACCAAGCGUAACAAUGAGUUCAUUUGCGGGUAGAAUGAAGGAGUAUCCAACAAUCUCUCUGGACCGUUUCGACAAGGAGAACUUACAUGCCCGGGCAUAUUUCCUCUCCCACUGCCACAAAGAUCACAUGAAGGGACUGAAAGGACCGGUGCUGAAGAGAAAACUACAAACCAGUCGGGCGGUCCGGUUGUACUGUUCCUUUGUGACCAGAGAGCUCCUGCUCAGUAACCCCAAGUACGUUUUCUGGGAAGAAUACACAGUCCCGUUGGAGCUGGAGAGUCCCACGCUGAUCCCCCUGGUGGACGAAGCUUCCGGAGAGAAAGAAGACGUGCUGGUGACGCUGUUGGCUGCAGGUCACUGUCCCGGCUCGGUCAUGUUUCUCUUUGAGGGUUCCCAUGGAAAUGUGUUGUACACGGGAGACUUCCGUCUUGCCACGGGAGAUGCAGUGCGGAUUGAAGCUCUACACUCUGGCAGCAGAGUCAAAGACAUUCGGAGCGUGUACUUGGACUCCACCUUCUACGACCCGCGCUUCUAUCAGAUUCCAUCCCGGGAGGCGUGUCUGAGCGGGAUCUCAGACCUGGUCAGGAGCUGGAUCAGGCAGAGUUCUUACCACGUGGUCUGGCUCAACUGUAAAGCGGCAUACGGCUACGAGUAUCUGUUCACCAACCUGGGAGAAGAGUUCAACACUCAGAUCCACAUCAACAGUCUGAACAUGUUCAAGAAGAUGCCAGAGAUCCUGAGCUAUGUGACGACCGACCGCAGGACGCAGAUCCACGCGUGCCGCCACCCAAAGGACGAGGAGUACUUACAAGGGAAUCGGCUUCCCUGCGGCUGCACGGCGUCUGAUGGGAUGCCGCUUCAAAUCAUCAGCAUCAAACCGUCCACCAUGUGGUUUGGGGAAAGAACCAAGAAAACCAAAGUUAUAAUAAAAACAGGAACCAGUUCCUUCAGAGCCUGUUUCAGCUUCCACUCGUCCUACUCAGAGAUUAAGGACUUCCUGUCGUACCUCCAGCCGGCCAACAUCUUCCCCAGUGUCAUUCCUAUUGGUCAGACUCUGACUGAGGUCACCAAGAUGCUAAAGCAGAUGUGCAGGAACCAAUCAGAACAGGCCGUGCUGACGUACAGACCUCUGGGAGUCCUCAAACGCACCAGACCGGAGCGGCCGACGUGCGAUUCUGACAGUGACAAUGGGCUCUUUGAGGGUUUGGACCUGGUACCGGUCAGGAAGAAGACAAUGGUUCUGAACCCAGGUGCAGAAAAUCAAGUGAAACCUCAGAGUCCUCAAAGAACAGCACCCCCUGUGCCUGUGGAGGUGUCAUUAUCGCUGACUGCCACCGUCUCACAAUCCGUCACCCACAAUUAUGUGGACUGCACAGAGUCCAAUGAUGAAGCGGACACUGAUGAUGAGGAUCAGCAGCAGGAAGACAAGGAAGGAACAGGUGAUAGUGAGAGAACAAGAGAAGAAGGAACCAAAGAUUCUCUAAAUGUGCCGAAAUGGGAAGACUUCUUCACCACGGAGGUCCUGACAGACAGCCAGAACAGCCAAUCACUGUCCUGCAGGUCUCAUACAAGUACUUCUCCCUCUAGAUUGACAGGUUCCCAGACACCCGAACUGUUCAGCGACACGGAGACCAAUGAAGAAGAAACUUCCAACUGUGAAGAAAAAAUUAGUCUGAGCAUCUCUGCUUCUUCAUCCAAUCAUUCCUCCCUUAACCAGUACUCAGAUUUAUCAGAUACUUUAAUUCUUCACCGAGAGCAUCAAGGAGAUAUGAGGACCAACACUGAGCUUCAGGAGAAGAACGACAGCCAGAACUUCCAAUCAGAUGAGAGGCGGUGGGAUCACAGAGAUAUGAGGACCAACACUGAGCUUCAGGAGAAGAACAACAUACAGAACCUCCAAUCAGAAAAGAGACACUGGGAUCAUGGAGACUUGAGGACCAACACUGAGCUUCAGGAGAAGAACGACAGCCAGAACUUCCAAUCAGAUGAGAGGCGGUGGGAUCACAGAGAUAUGAGGACCAACACUGAGCUUCAGGAGAAGAACGACAGCCAGAACUUCCAAUCAGAUGAGAAGCGGUGGGAUCACAGAGAUAUGAGGACCAACACUGAGCUUCAGGAGAAGAACAACAUACAGAACCUCCAAUCAGAAAAGAGACAUUGGGAUCAUGGAGACUUGAGGACCAACACUGAGCUUCAGGAGAAGAACGACAGCCAGAACUUCCAAUCAGAUGAGAGGCGGUGGGAUCACAGAGAUAUGAGGACCAACACUGAGCUUCAGGAGAAGAACAACAUACAGAACCUCCAAUCAGAAAAGAGACAGUGGGAUCAUGGAGACUUGAGGACCAACGGUGAGCUUCAGGAGAAGAAUGACAGCCAGAACUUCCAAUCAGAUGAGAGGCGAUGGGAUCAUGGAGACUUGAGGACCAACACUGAGAAGAACAGCAACACUCAGAACCUCCAGUUAGAUCAGGGGGGGCUCUCGGCAUCACAGGGGUCGUCAGACUUUGACGUUCCCUGCACACCAGAGUCAAAGGUGCCGCGACCUGACGAACUGGCGCAGCUGUAUAGGAAGUUGGCUUCAGGAGAGGAUUUAAGGAUCGGAACAGAAAGUCGAGGUGCCACCUGACGGCACUGAACAUCGUUUAUGGUGAGCAACGUUUAAUUUGUAAUUAGUCACACCCCCUCGGGUCAGUAAUGGGAACAGUGUCCUCGUGACACAAACAGACGCCCUGAUGUACUUCCAGACUGAGUGUCAAGUCCACAUGUAUUUGGACAGUGACAGGUUUGUACUUUAGCUUCUGCAGUGAAGCAGUGAAGAUGGAUUCAAGGAGUUUAAAUUUUAAAAAAUUCACGUCGACAAAGAACCGCUCCGAGUGCAGAUGUGAUGAACGCACCUGUGUGUGUGUAUGUGUGUGUGUGUACUUUCUCUGUUGACAGUUUGUGGUUUGUUCUGUAAAAUGGGAUCAGCUGUUUCUCGUUGCUCGUUUCUCUUAUUUUCUUGUGCAUAUUUUAAAAUGAGGUCAUUAUUGAUUUAUAUUUUAGUUUUAUUCAAUUUGAACUCCCAGAUACAAAAGUCUAUAUUUUGGUUUGGAAUCUAAAUAUUCUGCAGUAGUUUAAGUUUUAUUGAAAUGUAAUAAAGUAUUAAAUUCAGAAACAGUUUCCUUUGUUGAUUUAAGAAAUUGUCCAAAAACUGCAAAUUUUUGCAAAUUGUCAGUUAUUUCACGAUGCACAUAUCCAGUGUAAUGACAAAUGGUAUCAAUAAAUUAUAAAGUUGAAGUAAAUGUAGUCACAUGUUGAGAAACUAUGUUUAUACAAUUUCACUUUGUUUUAUUCUGUUAAAUGUACAAAUAUAAUAAAGGUGGGACAAUUUAAAUGUUAAUUUUCAUGUUUUCAUUUCCAU